AUGUCACCAACAAUUAAAACAGAAGAAAAAUUAGAAUUAAUUAAUUUAAAAGAUCAAGAUCUUAUAGAUUUCACAAGAACGCAAAAUAGUUUAGCUUGGAAAGGUGUAUUAUCAUCGAAAGAUUAUGUAUUACGUGAAUUAGUUUUAGGUAAAUCAAGAAUUGCAAAUGACGGAGAUAAUGAAUUGAAAGUAUUUAUGUUAAAAGAUUUAAAUACUGAUCAACCAUUAUGUUCAAUUGAAUUGUUAAUAAGAGAAAGUUUGAAAUUUCAUUAUAAUGAAACAACACAGAAAUCAGAAAUUAAAAAAGUAUUGAGUGGUACAGUUGGUGGUGUAUUCACAUAUCCUGAACAUAGAGGUAAAGGUUAUGCAAGAGUCAUGGUUGAUAAAUUAGUCGAUAUUGCUAGAAAGGAAUAUUUGGGUAAUGAUGGAUUUAUAUUUUUAUAUUCAGAAAUUGGUGAAUAUUAUGCCAAAAAUGGGUUCAAGUCUUUUGGAAUAGAUUUAGUAAAAAUCGAUAUAAAUGAUAAUUUAAAUUUAGAUGAUGUACCAGAUAUAAGCUAUGAUAUUAUACCAUACCAUGACUUCGAAAAUUUAAUACAACAGUACAGAUCGAAAUUUUUAUCGGAAAUAGAACAUAAAAUAUCAAAAGAUCAUAAAACUCGAAUCUCCAUAAAUCCAACAUCACAUUUAAUAGACUGGUUUCACUUAAGAUCAAAAUUCAUUACAUACAAAUUAUUUGAAUCAAAACAAGAAUCCCAGCAAGAUUUUUUCGAUUUUCAAAAUGAAUCGUAUGAUUCAAUACGAGAAAAUUUUGAAAAAUCACAACCAAAAAUAUUUGGAUUAAAAACUUUCAAUUCUUCAAAUGAAGUUGAUGGAUUUAUUGUAUGGACUAUUGAUUGGGCUGAAGAUAAAUCUGAAAAUUUUGCUACAAUUUUAAAAAUUGUAUCUUUUGAUAAUGAACCACAAACUACAAUAAACUUGAUAAAUUUAGCAUUAAAUCAUUUACAUAAAACUCCAAUUAUGAACAAACCAACUACAAAAUUGACAAUAUGGGAAUCUGAAAUUAGUGAGCAAACUAAAAAAUUUUUAGUGAAACAAUAUAAUGCCAAAACAGGGAUUGAUAAUUCUUCAAGAUCUGCUAUAUUAAUGUGUGACUCUUCGGAAGAUGUGAAAUUGCGAAAUGGUGAUUUGAUAUGGGAAGAAAAUACAAAAUUACCUUGGUUUUAA